AAUUUUUAUUCAAAUCACUGGAGCAAUUUGAAGUGUUUCUGCACCAUGAAGUGAUUAAUGUCAAUUUUGACUCUUCCGUGAUCAGAAUGAGUGAGAAUUUGAAGAAAGAAGAACAUGAUGGAAGGUAGAGAGUGAGAGUGGGAAGCAUGGAAGUGGGUAUGCUUCCAAUCUCAGCUUCUAAGAGAGGAAAACUCUUGGCUGCUGGUUACACCACUCUCGAUGCCAUUGCUCGUGCCUCCGCCUCCCACCUUGCUCGAGAUAUUGAAGUUUCUGAUAGUGAAGCCUUGGAAAUUCUGAAUCUUGCAGCCAAAACUGGUGUUUCGGACAGACCAAAUGGGACUUCAACUACUGUUGUUGGUGGUGGUCAGACUGCCUGGGAUAUGCUCAAUGAUGAGAAGUUUUCUUCUUACAUUACCACAUCUUGUGUGGAUCUGGAUAACAUACUUGGCGGAGGAAUUAAGUGUAAAGAUGUCACUGAAAUAGGUGGAGUUCCAGGCAUUGGUAAAACACAAAUUGGGUAUUCUUUGAUUCAACUUGCGGUAAAUGUUCAGAUUCCUCAAGGAUACGGUGGCCUGGGUGGGAAGGCAAUAUACAUCGACACAGAAGGAAGCUUUAUGGUUGAACGAGUUCUUCAAAUUGCUGAAGCAUGCAUAGAAGACAUGGCUGAAUAUAGCAACCACUUUCACAAGGAUUUGCAACCUUGUGAAGUUAAAAUGCACCCUAAUAAUAUCUUGGAAAAUAUAUUCUAUUUUCGUGUUUGUAGCUACACUGAGCAAAUUGCCUUGAUAAAUUACUUAGACAAAUUCAUCAUGGAGAAUAAAGACGUAAAGAUCAUCAUUGUUGACAGUGUUACUUUCCACUUCCGCCAAGACUUUGAAGAUAUGGCUCUCAGGACUCGAUUACUCAGCGAAAUGGCUUUGAAAUUGAUGAAGCUUGCAAAAAAGUUCUGUUUAGCAGUUGUUAUGCUGAAUCAAGUAACAACAAAGUUCAUUGAAGGUUCAUUUCAAUUGACCCUUGCACUAGGAGAUAGCUGGUCACAUUCAUGCACAAAUAGGAUAAUAUUAUUUUGGAAUGGCAAUGAACGACAUGCAUUUAUUGAUAAGUCCCCUUCUCUGAAAUCAGCAUCAGCUCCAUAUUCUGUGACCAGUAGGGGCAUACGAAAUUCUACUUCAAGCUGCAAAAGGAUCAAGAUGAUGUGAGAUUUUGAGUAACAGAGUCUAUUACUCAACCUUCCCACACCCUUUUUUGCUUAUACCUUUGUAAAAUUUUUGGACACAACAAGAAUUAUACAACAUGUUUCACCCUUUUUGGCUUUCCUACGGUGCUGGUUUUGUGUUAUACCUUUGAUUUAAUCUAAUAAGUGCAUAAUGAUCUUUGCUUAGUAAAA